AGGGGGAGUGGUCUGAUGAUGUAUCCGGCUGCGGAGCGCUGUUCCCCGGCCAGGCUUCCAGCUGCGGUCCUCUCCGUGAUCUCUCCCUCGUCUCCGUCAUCUUCAGCCGGGGCCUGCCGCCGCCGUCACCGGGAGACACGCAUGGAGCUCCGGUCGAUACUCGCCGCCGUCCUGCUGCUGUCCGCCGCCUCGCUGCAGCCGGUGUCCGGUGCGGCGUCACGGACGGGGCCGAGAGUCACCGAGAAGGUGUUUUUCGACAUCACAGUAGCGGGUCAUGAGGUCGGACGAAUCGUCAUCGGUCUGUUCGGUGAGGUCGUCCCGCUCACUGUCAAUAACUUCGUUGCCCUGGCAACCGGAGAGAAAGGUUACGGAUACAAAGGAACCAAGUUUCAUCGAGUCAUCAAGGACUUCAUGAUCCAAGGAGGAGACUUUACGGCCGGAGACGGAACCGGAGGUCACAGCAUCUAUGGAACAACUUUUGCAGAUGAAAACUUCCGACUGAAGCAUCUUGGAGCCAGCUGGGUGAGCAUGGCCAACGCCGGUCCAGACACCAACGGAUCCCAGUUCUUCAUCUUAGCUGCUAAAGCUCCGUGGCUCGAUGGAAAACAUGUGGUUUUUGGAAAAGUCCUGGACGGGAUGUCGGUGGUCCACACCAUCGAGCUCCAGGACACCAACGACAGGAACCUUCCCUACACCGAGUGUGUGAUCGUCAACAGCGGCCGGAUCCCCGUCAAGGAGCCCUUCGUGGUGGAGGUGGAGGGCUGGUAGACGAUACAGGACGAUGAGUAGCUAGCUAGUAGUUAGCAUACACUGGAGGUCCAUCAGGAGUCACAGUAGCAGCGUGCCAAACUCACAUUUACAUUACUUUAGCACAGUGUUUCUCAAAUAGUGGGGCGCGCCCCCCUGGGGGGCCCAGAGGCAUGUCAGGGGGGGCGCGGGCGACUUGGAGGAAAAGGUCCUUCAACACGGAACUAAUUAGCUGAACUAUUGUUUUAACGUCGGCCUGUUUUUCGCGGCGUACAACAAUACUGAAAUUGUGCUGGCCCAUAGACUGUAUAUGCCAUAGAUAUAAAAAAAUAUUAAUAACAAUGAUCUUCUGUAUAUAUCUAUGGUAUAUACACUGGCCGUUCAGACUCCGAAGUACAGACUCCAGAGAACAGGAGAACGCAUCGUUAAUGUGCAGUCGGAACACCACCGUACUCGAUCACGUCACAUACUCGGCUCAUCUCCUCCGAUUGUUUUUACCAGCAAUGUCAAACAUACGGCCUGUGGGCCCACCAGACGGUCCAUUUCGGCCCGCGGGCCGACUUUACAAAUGAUAAAAAUUACAACAUUAACUGUAAAUUGUAAAUUGUAAAUCUGUAAAACUGUAAAUUUAAAAUAAUUUCUAGAACUUGACAAGUUGUUCUGAUCAUGAAGUAAAAUACUAGACUGUUCAGUUCCAGAUACCUGUGACUGAAUGUUUUGUAUUUUUGUAGAUAAACUGUUAUCUGGCAGUUAGAAUGCAUGUGUAAAUGAUGAAUUGAGGCAUAACAGGCUACUGUUGAAACUGAACUUGUUUUCCUUAAGAAAUUUCAGGUUCAUAAUAUUUUGUAAAAAGAUAGUUCAUUAAAUGUGAACAUUUUCAGAAUGUACUUUUUUUGAACUAAAACAAAGGGGAAAGUUGGAGCUGUGGUUAUUUAUAGGUUAUUAUGCUGUGAUUUUACUGGUGGGGCCCACUGGAGAUCAGAUUGGGUUUAUGUGGUCCCUGAACUAAAAUGAGUUUGACACCCCUGAUCUUUACUGAGAAGAACAACAAAAUGGAAUCAGAUAAAAUAACACAGCCCUGCAUAUUCAUGUUUUCACACACACACACACACACACACACACACACACACACACACACACACACACACACACACACACACACAUAUAUAUAUAUAUAUAUAUAUAUAUAUAUAUAUAUAUAUAUAUAUAUAUAUAUAUAUAUAUAUAUAUAUAUAUACACACACACACUAAGUUAUGGGGGGGCACGAAAGUUUUUUGUCCUCCGAAGGGGGGCCCGACCGAAAAAAUUUGAGAACCACUGCUUUAGCAUGUUAACAUACUGAUGCUAGCAUGAUAGCGCGAGGACUGGGUCAUUUCUUCUAGGAAAUAUAUCUGAGUUUAAGUUCUAACAUCAAAUGUAUAAAUUUUUGGUUUUUUAAACAAAGUUCACAAGCAAGCUAAUAAGAUGAACGUGCUAACUGGGAGCACAGUACCUCAAUAGCUAAUGUUAGCAAAUGCAUGCUAAUAUUGGCUAAUUUUGGAGAUUGUUAGCAUGCUCCAUGGCCAUGAUCAGAAGUCCCAUUUACAGAGUGCCAAAUUCAUUUCCAUUUCUGAAGCAUAUUGACAUACUAUUUAUUGUUAGCAUGUUAGCAUCGAGGACUGGAUACCAUAUGGAACUGACAACAAAUCAAUACAUUUUUUCUUAUACUUGAGUUUUUAAAGCAAUGAUAACAAGCAAGCUAACAUGGUAAACAUGCACUAACUGGGAGCAUGGUACCUCAUUAGCUAAUCUAAGCAUGCUAACAUUGGUUACUUUUGGAGCUUGUUAGCAUGCUCCAUGGACAUGAUCAGAAGUCCUAUUUGCAGCAUGCCAAAAUCACAUUUCCAAUUACAAUACUAAUGCUAGCAUGUUGACAUAUAAUACUGAUGCUAAAUUAAUACAUUUCUCUUAUUGUUGAUGUUUAUCAAACAGAUAAAAGUGAACAAGCAAGUUAGCAUGAUAAACAUGCGCUAACUGAGAGCCUGAUACCUCAGUAGCUAAUAUUAGUUACUACAUGCUAACACUGGCUACAUUUAGAGCUUGUUAGCAUGCUCCAAAGGCUAAUGUUAAGGGCUAACAGAUGGCGUUAACACAAAUAAACGGUUAAAAUGCAUUGCAGCAUCCAAAUUAGAGUCCAAAAUCAUAUCAUAUAUCACACUGAUACCCAAUUAACACAUUUAAAAACUCAACUUGAGGAAUACAAUUUUUUUAACAAAUUAAAGUUAUCAGUCACAUGAGUUAAAUUUGUCUUAGCACAAAAUGAUACAAGAAUCGUGUCUCAGUAAAGUAGUAAACAACAUGCUAACAUGCUAAGUGUGAGCACGGUAACUCACUAGCUAAUGCUGGCAUGCUAAUGUUCUCCAAAGACUAAUGUUACCAGCUAAAAAUUGAUAUGUUAACUCCAAAACAUUGUCAAUACUCAUGCUAACAUGCUAACUAUGGGCUGGCUAAUGCUACCAUGCUAACACAGUAGCAGCAGUGGGUUAACUUGCUAAAGCUAAACGUGACUUCUGAUGGAUUUCUACUGCAUGCAGAUGAUAAUAUAAGUCAAAGAGGUUUUUAUUAAGUUUUAUUAGACGUCAUCAGCCAGACAGUAGCAACUAAAGAGGAAAUACAGGAUAUAUCUGUGGUAAAACUAAAAAAGUGGUCAUGUUAAACCUGCAACGCUAAGAGGAGAUCAGAAAAAAAACUCAGACAGUUCUUUUAUUCUUCCACAAUGGUCUGAGUACUGAAGUGUAAUCCAUAUUCCAACAAAAACAAGAACAAAAAAGCAGGAAAAUUUGUUGAUUUGAUCAUAAUUUUUUUUUUUUUUUACAUUGAAACAUAGCAUCAAAACAAACAAAUAAUAGGUGAAAUUAGCAGAAAUACAGCAUAGAUAAAUAUCAAAAUCUGGAAUUCGAAGUUUCUGAGUCUGUAUGUUUAGCAUCAGCUAGCUUCACUGUGGUUCAUGCUAAUGGUCCGUUAGCAUUCAUGCAUAUUUGGUGGACAGAUAUCAUGAAAACGCACUUCCAGAAUAACUGUGUAGCUCUCAUUGCCAAAUCCUUCUUUAAUUGCCAAAUUUUCUUGCACUUCUUAUGCACAUAAUGGAUAAAUAUCAGAAUUUAAAAGCGUGUUAGCGUGAAUAUGCAAAAAAAACUGUAGCAAACGUCAAAUGACGUGUUAGCAUUUUGUUAUUUGUGUUGAUUUUUGUUCAUCCAUCGUUGAAAAUGAAGAAUUUGCAAAUAUAUCAUGCACCAUGUUUGCAAAAAACUACAGCACAAAUUGCACAGGAUGACAAAGUGUGAAAAUCAGUAUUAAUAGUGUUUUAAAUCUCAUUCUGACUGUUAAUGUUUUAUUCAUUCUUUGUAAUGUUUUUGCAAUAACCCAGAAGUGUUAAAGUAGCAUAAUAACGUAGGAAACUUGUGAUUUUCCUCAUCCCUGUGAAAUUAAUGCAGAAUUUAAAACUCCUUAAUAAACAUAUCAGACUUUCUUUUGUCAUUAUGUUCAGCAGCAGCGGGAGAAAGUGCCAACAGGAGUGUUUUCUACAAUAAAUACGCUAUUGCUAAACUAUCA